AUGUCGGAGCUUGGCCAAAAAGUCUCGAUUAAGUUGGCGAACCAGCUCGUGCACCUUCAACUUGACUUGUUGCAAGCUGCGUCAUUGCUGCAAUCCAACACACGGUUACUCUCGCCACUGACCCUAAACUAUUUGGCCCAGUACACCUUCACAGGGGCUAUUGGGCUUGUGCCUAGGUCCAUUAUCUUUGCUCUCCCAGACCCACAACCUCUACCAGUCCACUUUCUCUUACUGUUUGCCCAGCUUCAAAUUACUCAACUUCUCUCCCUCAGACUUGGGCCUGUGGCGCAACCCAUUAGGAUCAUGUACACCCCUCUUCUCAAGAAUUCUUGA